UCCCUGUCCUAACAGUGGCCUCACUCACACACAACAUCCCGUUUACCUGCGGUUGUCCCGUGUCUCACCGGACUGAGCUCGUCACAGCACAUUUCUCCUCUGAUAGGUGGACAUCAGCGCUGGUCCUCCCCCCUCCUCCCCCCUCUCCUCCCUCCCAUCCUCUCUCCGUCUCCUGUCGUGUUUACUAUAGGUGAGAUAGCCGUAUAAAUUCCUGAGUGUGCGCAGACCGCAUCCUCAGAGGAGAGUGGAAAAGGAGGAGGAGGUGUAGGAGCAGGAAAAACAAGCGAACCAAGGGAGCGUAGCUAUAGCUGUGUUUACUGUUCACCGGGAUAAACGCAGGAGAAAAAAAACGCAGACUUCCUCAACACGGUCCUCCACGGCUGAGAAACCUCACUGGAUGCAGAGAGGAGGAGGAGGAGGAGGAGGGGGAGAGCGUGGAUGCUGAUUACACCGACAAACCCAGAAAGGAAGAAUUUACAGACGCUGCUUUUUAGACUAAACCCUGAACUGACGUGGAAUAAGCCUUUGGAUUUCACCAGCGAUGGACCUGAGCUGUCGGCGCUGAGGCUCCCUGUUCUCUGGUUGUUGAUGACCACAGUCCCUCAUGGCGCUCGUUCAUGAACCUCGUGCUCCCUCUCCCUCUCUCUCCGGCUUCAACUCACCCCUCUCUGACCCUCCAUCCUUUCGGCGGCUCGAUGCUGAAACGCCAUGCACCCCGGAAAUGGACCUGACCCCGACUCAGUGCGUCCUCCGCAACGUCCUCUCCAUAGAUACCGGGGGCGCCAUCGAGCCCGGGGGCGGAGGAGGUGGAGGAGGAGGAGGAGAGGGUCAGACCGCCGGGCACAACCAGACACCGGGCGAUGAACAGCCGGAGCACUUUGCCAACAGCGUCCUGAAGCUCCACGAGCAUGACGGGAGUCCUGGGAGGACGGAGGGAGACGGGCAGGGGUCGGACAGCAGCGCGGUCAGGAGCCAGGCGGACGACGCCAGGCUACAGUGCCAGUCCACCGGAGGGGGCGGAGGGUUCCUGGAGGGGCUGUUUGGGUGUCUGCGGCCCGUCUGGACUAUGAUUGGCAAAGCCUACUCCACAGAGCACAAACACGACCUGGACGAGGCAUGGGAGGUCCCAUUCGAGGAGAUAUCGGACCUGCAGUGGGUGGGCAGCGGAGCCCAGGGCGCCGUCUUCCUGGGUAAACUUCACGGACAGGAAGUGGCAGUAAAGAAAGUGAGAAACAUCAAAGAGACUGACAUCAAGCACCUUCGCAAGCUCAAACACCCAAACAUCAUCACUUUCAAAGGUAUUUGUACCCAGGCUCCGUGUUACUGCAUCAUCAUGGAGUACUGUGCUCAGGGGCAGCUGUACGAGGUGCUGAGAGCGGGCAGGAAGAUCACUCCAUCCCUGCUCAUGGACUGGGCCAUGGGCAUCGCUGGGGGCAUGAACUACCUUCACCUCCACAAGAUCAUCCACAGAGACCUCAAGUCACCAAACAUGCUGAUCACCUACGACGACUCGGUGAAGAUCUCUGAUUUCGGCACGUCCAAAGAGCUCAGCGACAAGAGCACCAAGAUGUCCUUUGCUGGGACGGUGGCCUGGAUGGCUCCGGAGGUCAUUCGCAACGAACCCGUCUCGGAGAAGGUGGAUAUUUGGUCUUUUGGCGUCGUGCUGUGGGAGAUGCUGACAGGAGAGGUGCCCUAUAAGGAUGUGGACUCCUCUGCUAUCAUCUGGGGAGUGGGCAACAACAGUCUACAGCUGCCUGUGCCUGAUAGCUGUCCAGACAGCUUCAAACUGCUCCUGAGGCAAUGCUGGAACUGCAAGCCAAGAAACAGGCCAUCGUUUCGACAGAUUCUCCUGCACCUGGACAUCGCCUCAGCAGACAUCUUAUCUACUCCACAGGAAACUUACUUUCAGUCUCAGGCGGAGUGGAGAGACGAGGUGAGGCACCACUUUGAGAAGAUCAAGUCUGAGGGGACGUGUCUUCACAGGCUGGACGAGGAGCUGAUCAAACGACGCAGAGAGGAACUCAGACAUGCACUGGACAUCCGGGAGCACUACGAGAGGAAACUGGAGAGAGCCAACAAUCUGUACAUGGAGCUGAAUGCUAUCAUGCUGCAGCUGGAGAUCAAAGAGAAAGAACUGCUCAAGAGGGAGCAGUCACUGGAUAAGAAGUACCCAGGCUGCUUCAAGCACCACAGCUCCAGACAGUCAGCCUCCUCCAACUCGAUGGAGAAACUCAUGAAGAAACGCAACGUACCUCAGAAACUGCCCUCACACAGCAAGAGGCCAGAUUUGUUAAAGUCAGAAGUCAUUCUUCCCAAACUGGACUCGUCCAUGACCCAGGUCACGAUACCCAACAAAGGCUCUACCUCCCCUGGUCGCUCACGCCGAGGAAAACCCCGCUACAGGAAGGCUGGAAAAGGCAGCAGUGGGGAUUUGGCUCAGCUGAAAGCCACACUGUCUUCGUCUUUAGCAAUGGUCAACGCCACCUCGUCCGUUCCCAGCAGCAAGCACCAUCUAGACCCCAGCGCGGCCCUCAGGGGCCUGCAGCACGACCUGCUGCUCAAGAAGAUGUCCUCCUCCAGCCCCGAUCUCAUCUCGACCACCCUGGAGGCCGAGGGCCGGAGGAAGGGGCAGGCGAGGCCGGGGCUGGACAGAGCAGGCAGUCAGAGCGCCUCAGCCGGACUGGGGGAGAGCGGAGGACCUGGGGGGCCGGGGGAAGGGCCGGACGUGGGCGUGGGGACCGACGACCUGGCGGAGACACCCCCACGCAGUGACACACCCAGCGAAGACGCAGCUUCCAUCCCGUUCUCCAGCAGCCCCGACUCGCCGUGCGGCAGGGGAGCGGCCGCCGGGAGGGCGUCCGUCCUCGGGAGCCCCCGCACCCCCCACGAGGGUGAGGAGAAGGAGGAUGGGACGGUGAUCACACGCUCGCCCAGAAGUCAACGCCUCACGCCCGCAGCACUGCUCUACAGGGCGGCAGUGACACGCAGUCAGAGACGUGGAGUGUCAUCAGAGGAAGAGGAAGGAGAGGUGGACAGUGAAGUGGAGCUGCCGAGGAGACGGCGUCCUGUGAGCAUGACCAAAUGCCAGUCCCUGUCGACGUUUAGCUCCGAGAACUUGUCGGUCUCGGACGGCGAGGAGGGAAACACCACCGACCACUCCCACAGCGGCACGCCGGACGUGGUCAGCACCAACACAGACGAGCGCCUGGACGACAAGAGCGACGACCUCCUGUCUCAGGGCUCGGAGAUUCCCGCCGACCCGUCUGACCUGACCCAGCUGGGCUCCGACAGGCUGUCUGAGAAGGAGGCCAUUCUGCGACAAGUCAAAACCCAGCUCGCUUCAAAUGAACUGAAUUAUGAGGGCCUGUAUGACGACUCAGACUGUGACAGUGCAGAGCUCGACCACUCAGGCAGCGCAGAGCCCAGCCAGCCUCCAGCCAACUGGUGAAAAACCUCCCCCAACACCUCAACCCACUCAGAUGCUCGGCCUCCGAACGCCCCUUUGACUCUCACAGACCUUAGCGAAACACUGAGUCACGAUCAGGGACACAGCAGAGAGGCAGGAAACCAAGGCCCGCCUCCUUCGUCACAAGCAGCAACACAAAACAAGCCCUGAUUAAAUCCCAUCCUGUGGAACUGAAAUGAGGCGUUAGCCGAGCUGCCGGAGCAGCUGCCUCCUCUGCUCACAGAAACUGGCAACCAAGAUCAGCUUCGCAAAAACACAUGAACGACACCUCAGCGACAGAGGCCUCGGUCAGAAAGAGGCCAACGUACACAACCGCCCGGUCACGUCUCCCGCCAUCUUCCAUGUCAAGUUUGUAUUUUCAUCUCCGUCAUGAAAAACGUGUCGUGUUAUUUCACGUCGUGUCAUAUGUGAACAUGUUUAUGAAAUCCUAUCAGGGCUUCUAUUAUAUUUUAACGUUUCAACUAUCAACAUCACUGGGACUCCCACUGGUGUUGCUACUUGCACUUAAUUAAUUUUAUGAAAUGUUCAGAUGUCCACGUGGUCAUUGUGUCAUAUCCUCUCAAAACUUUAUGCACUGACUAAUUUAUUGUUAAUUUACAGAGAAUCCAUCGACAUUUUAAAGAAACAAAGUUUACAUUUUUCAUUUGUGACGUUUACAUUUUUUAUUUAUAUUUGUAAUGCGGAUUAUGUUGCCAUUUUCUACUUCUGUGUUUUAAUAUCCAUGUAAAUAUGUGACGUUGUACAAUGAACAAAUUUUUAAAAUGUGAGAUUGUAUAAUUUAAAGGUGCUGAUGUUUCUAAUUAGGUGGAGCUACUCUAUUUGAACCUCAAAAAGCUUAUGGUAGUAGAAUGUACUGUAGCUGCUGUUCAUGUCUGAGCAUCGAAACACAGAGAAAAAAAAUAGGAGCAACAUGUGAACAAAGAAAAAAGCAAUAUGUCUGCUCUGGUACAGUAUGUCCUGUCGUAUCGCAGGUCAAAGGAACCACAUCCAGGUUCAUUCAGGGCAGACAGGCUUUUUUUUAAAUUAGUAUUGCAGUGUUUGUUGUAUUAAAACACAAUACCUGUUUGAAAUUCCUUUUCUGAGCAUCUAGGUGUGUAUAUAGCAUCAGAAGAGCAUGCUUGUGAAAAGGUAUGGAUGGCCCAUUGGAUAUUUAUGAGCUGUCACAGUUUGGGACUCAGAUCAAAAUGAAGAAUUAGACCGAACCCACAGAGGAAAAAAAUGCAGCGACACUGCUGAUUUAUUGCAGGCAUUUAAUGACUGAAGGCGUAUGGAUGACAGGGACACUGAAACAGAUCUCAGAAUAACUGAUUAAUAAGAUUCAUGGUUUUCUUCUGCCCUCGAUCGGCCCCAGCACGAAGCCACGCUGUGUUUGCAGUGUGCUAACACAGAGAGGACGUCAUGUUGGAGCUGGUGUCAUUUUGGGAAACGUAAUAAUGUGGCUCAUUUAUACAAACAGCCCUGUGGUUCUGUACUGUGGGUGUAGUGUUGUUUUAGUAGAUAAAUCACAGAGAACAACUCUUGGUUUACUCAGCAUCAGGGGGUAAAAAUGCUGAACAGUUCUGGACCUCAACUUUGCAGUUUUUCAGCUCUCAACAUAGCAGAUUACAUACAAGCCCACAGUGCAGUCGCUCAGUUUACUGACAUUGUCCUCGCCAGCUGAAAUUUAAGCCAACAGAUUUCUCACAAAUGUGUAAGGGCUCCUCCAUAAUCAACAGUAUGAUACAUGAAACUGUAGUUCUGAUGUACUUGUGUCCCUUGACAAGCCUUCUUCAUGUGCUCGUGGUUCAAUCAUGACUGUACAACAGCACGUUACAUCCUGUUCCAUUAAUCCAUGACUGAUCAGGUCAAACUCAAUAAGCUACAAAUGGCAGCUUCUUCUUCUUUUUUAGUUUUUAUCUGAUGUUAAGUUUAAAUUUGUACAGCGUUUUAAACUGAUUGAGCCCCCCAAAGGUUUAAAGCUAAAAAUCCUCCUGCAGGAGAAAAUGUUGCCAAAAAGCAAAACUACUGCCCUCUAGUGUCUCGACUGUGGAGGUGAAACAACCCGGUAUGAACUGAAAAUGUUUGCUUUUUAUACUGCAUUAUUGUAACUGUACAAUAAAUAUAUUUAAGAAACAAUUUAAAAUAAAAUCAAACCUGUAAAAUCUCAAACUCGUGUGCUCGGUUUACUCACGACAGGGACUUAAGACAAUCGGUGGUUUGAGCAUUUCACAUCUUUAUUUCUGUAUUUUUUAAACAAUGUUGUGGCACCCAGGUCUACAGUCUCAAAAACGUGCACAAAAGUUUUCUUUCCUGCAAAUAAAAAAUAAAAUAAAAUUCUGACUUGAGCAAAGCAAAGAGCAGGAAAACUAGUGUUAACUCACAACCCUUUCUUUGUCUAGUUCCAGAGCUUCAAUGAUUUCAGUUCUCAGCCUCAUCACAUUUAAUAGACAGAUCAGUCAGUGUCCAGGAGUUAAUCCCCCUUUGGUAGUUAAAAAAAAAUAUUUCCUCCAUUUAAAACAAAUAUUCCAACUUUUUUUUUUUUUUUUUUUAGUAUAUAUCAGUCUUUACAAAAAAAGCGAGGAGAACCCUCUGCUUCCGAUCCCUGGAGCCGAGCCCAAACCCCAAAACCCUCCCAUCCCAGCAAAAUA